CAUGGAUUUCUACCCAAUUCAGUGUGUGUUAUAGAGAGAGAAAGUCAUGCAUCUUUUAGCUUUAUAGAGAGAGAAAGAGAGUUUCUUUCUUCAAGUUUCAACUACACUCAUGCUACUACUGCAUAGGUACUAAUGUCCAGCAUUGCUGUCAGAUGACUUAGAUCUUCCUCUUUCUUCUUCAAUCUGUUCUUGAUUUAAGAUUUUCCCAGAUCAGAUUUGAGCUUUUGAAUACUCGAAUUUUAGCCCAAGGAUGGAUCAAGAAAAUCAAGAAACGCUUCCCCUGAAGCACUUCUGCAAACUCUGCAGAAAAGUAUUCCCCUGCGGCAGAUCCUUGGGUGGUCACAUGAGGUCUCACCUGAUCUACGACCAACCGGAAACCAGCGAGAAGAGCAGAAACUCCAAUCCGGGGACCGAAGCCUACGCGCUGAGAGAGAACCCGAAGAAGACUCUCAAGUUCUCUGGAGAUGGUGACAAAGAAGAAGAAGAAAAAGAAGAUGCUUUGCGUCAGAACAAGGUCUGUGAUGAAUGUGGGAAAGUUUUUCUGUCUUUUAAGGCUCUGUUUGGCCACAUGAAAUCCCACUCCCAGAAAACAGUCAAUGCUGUUGGGCAGCCAAACAAGAAGAAGCGAUCAAGAAGAGCAGCAGCCAAAAGGUUCCAGGUUCACUCUAAUGCUGCUGAUACCACUACUAAUUCCUCUACCUUAACUUCUGCUAAUAGUGACUAUGAGCAAGAAGAAGUUGCUAUGAGUUUGAUUAUGCUAUCUAAUGAUGUCGGCAGUAGUUUGGAUACUGAUAAUUUUGAGUUUCUGGAUAUGAUUCGAGCUGAGAAGUUGAAGAAUCCGAAAUCCAGAGGCUUUGAGUGUUGUACGUGCAACAAAACAUUCCAGACAUACCAAGCUCUGGGAGGUCACAGAGCAAGCCAUAAUAAGAAGAUUCAGAAUAACAAUGGCACUUUUUCCCCACCACCAAAGAAGAUGAAAGUGGAUUCUCACGAAUGCCCGAUUUGUUUCAAGAUUUUCUCAUCGGGUCAAGCAUUGGGAGGUCACAAGAGAUCCCACUUCAUAUCAGCUGAGCUGCAGGGGAAAGCUGAUGUAGAACCAGCUCAAAUGCAGCAGCAAGAGACCAGAGAUUUUCUUGAUCUCAACUUUCCUGCUCCAGUUGAAGAAGAUGAAGAAGAAGAAGAUUUUUUGCUUUCUUUCCCAAUUUACAGCUCUGUUUGCUUAUCAAAUUUAUGACACGUUCUCUUAAAUGCUUUUUCUUCUUCUGUGAUUUGAUCUGUUUUUAUCUAGGUAUAAGUGUCCUGUGUUCAUGAGUGUCAGUCUUUCAACUAGUAUGAAGCACUUGAAGAUGUCUCAAAGACUCGAAGCAAAUUUGUUCAAACUUGGUUGAGAACAAACAGUAUCAUAAUAAUGUAGAGUUUAUGUGAAGUUUGCAGAAAAAAUGGUAUCAUAAUGAGAUCCAUUGUCCAAAUUGCUAGAAAAGUGAUUAUCUUGAUUUCUUAAAUUUUUAUUUCUGUAAUUCAGUUACAUUAUAAAGGUGCAGAUUGAUAUAGACUUUAAAGGAUGGAUUUUACUACUUUCUUUUAUAUCAUGUAAUGGCUUUACCUUGGCAGCAAAGGAAAAUGAUGAUGGACAGUGAGUAAAGUAAAGAAGUGGGAAAGAUCAGAUAUGAAAUCCAUUUUUGGUUAUUUUCAAUAUUAUUGAAAAUAGAAGAGAGAUUUUUUUGGUGGCUGAGAUCCUUUCCUCUUAUGUCAAACAGAGAUCAACGAAGAAAACCUCAAAGUUUUUACUGAGGUACAAAGAAGAAGAAGCAAAAACACAAACUCAAAAUAUUCACUUGAUGAAGGAACAGAAGAUGUACAACUAUUCUACGAGGUGGGAUAUUCAUCUCACCCCAUGAUCACCAGGAGCCACUCAAAAACCUCAAAAUGAAACAAACUACUAUCUCUACCCAGUUGAUGAGAGGUUCGACUCACCACACAAAUUAGAGGCAGCUCUUCAACGCUUCAAAUUCUUACAGACCUUAUCUCAAGAGAGCCAUCAGGUUUCAUAACAGAUACAAUAGAUCCCUUUCAGCUUCAAUUGGGAUCCCCCAACAAAAUUUCAAUUGUUGAUGUAUUUUUCGACUUCCUUUCAUUUCUCUUACGUUCCAUCAGUUGUAAUCUCAAUUCCUUGUACUCAAAACUUUAUUUAAAUAAAUUAGGGAGGUGUUCCCCGACACCCCCUCACCUAGUGUGGUAAUUAC